GGUUAAAAAAACCUCCCCAUAAAUAUUCUCAAAGAGCGGUCCAUCACUCUCCUAAAGCCGUCGCUUCUGCAAAACCCUAGCAUCUCCAUUUGCGUCCCCGUCCAAGUGUUUUGAGAAAUGGCGACUGUGCCUGGGCAGCUGAUAUGGGAGAUCGUGAAGAAGAACAAUUCAUUUCUGGUGAAGCAGUUCGGAAAUGGCACCGCCGGCAUCAGGUUCAGCAAGGAGCCUAACAAUCUCUGCAACCUCCACUCCUACAAGCACUCAGGAUUGGCAAACAAGAAGACGGUGACAAUUCAAGCAGGCAAGGAUCAGUGUGUGCUCCUCGGCACAACAAAGACGAAGAAGCAGAACAAGCCCUCCGCUUUGCUCAACAAGUCUCUCAUGAAGAAAGAGUUUCACCGUAUGGCCAAGGCUGUUUCUAACCAGGUGGCUGAUAACUAUUACAGGCCUGAUCUGAAGAAGGCAGCCCUAGCUAGAUUGAGCGUUGUCAACAGAAGCCUCAAGGUUUCCAAGUCCGGUAUGAAGAAGAAGAACAGGACUUAAUUCAAAGUUCUGGAUAUAAUUCAAAUAGCAGAUGUAGUGUGUGUUGCAUUGCUAUAUAAAUUAAAUCUUCUUUCGGUGCCGAUGUAUGCGUUGAUAGAUUUUCCGAAACUAUUUUUUUUUUUGCUGUUUUUAUUUUCGCAGUAAUUUUUGUCUUAGUAGACGAUAUGGCAUUUUAUGGUUGGACGCAAAUGGAUUUUGAUCUUUCGCCUUGUUUACGUUUUUGUUUCGAGUGUUUUGUCCGACUGAGGUAUUAAUCAACUAUUGUUUUAGAGUUUUGGUU